UUAAGGCACGGCCACCGGGGCUGCGGCAUUGCGCCCAGCAGCGGACUCCGAGACCAGUAGACCUCGGCGAACCCUUGCUCUCGACCACCCACCCACUUUCGGAACCAUGGCCGCAGUGGCAGCAGCCUCGGCAGAACUGCUCAUCAUCGGCUGGUACAUCUUCCGUGUGCUGCUGCAGACCCUGUCCCCAGUGCGCCCGCGCCCAGCCGGGAACAAAGACUCAGGGGUGCGGCGGUCGCCCGCUGCGGACGAUCGCGACCAACGCGGUGUUCAGGUACUCCCUGCAGAAGCUGGCGCACACGGUGUCCCGGACCGGGCGGCAGGUGCUGGGGGAGCGCAGGCAGAGAGCCCCCAACUGAGGCCCCAGCUCCCAGCCCUGGGCGGCCGUGUCAUCAGGUGCUCCUGUGCUUCUCGACCAGCAUGGGAGCCAGUGCCGCGCAGGAAUGGGGGGUCCCCUGUGUUCCCUCGUCAGAGGAGCACUUGCCAAGGUCAGUGAGGGGCCGGUAGGCCCCCAGAAAAGCAGCACCGACAAUAAUGAAGAUAUCAGUUCCCUUCCCAGCCCCUUUGCCCCUGUCCCACUACCGGCGGGUGGGAGAGGAGGGGGGAAGAGGGGAGCAACCCUCGAGAUAUGGGCGUAGGCACCACAUUCUGAUCUGGACCAAGUCGGAACAGUACCAUCUCAGCCGCACAAGAUCCUACCAUGAAGAUCGAACAGCCCAUCAACCAGCAGAAUGGACAUUCUGACAUCACCAGCUGAAGCCCUGAAUCUCAGUGCAGAAGAGAAAGUGUCAACUGCGUGCAGCAUGGGGGGAGUGGAGGGCGUGGGUGGUGGAGGAAGAGGGUUAAGAAAACUAGUGGGGCCCCCUUGCUGUCCCUUGCCUAUGGCACACAUAUUCCUGCCUUGCUCCCUCAUUUCCCCUUUCCCCUGCCUUCAAAAGCCCUCCCCAAAAUGUGUCACUUGAUUCGGAUAUAUUCAACCAGUAAUUGAAUCCCACCUUUACCAAAACACCUUCUCUGACCCCCGGCCCUUCACUGAUCUUGCUUAUCCCUGGUCUCACGCAGCAGUUGUGGUCAAUAUUGUGGUAGUCGCUAAUUGUACUGGUUUAAGUGUGCAUUAGUAGUGUCUCCCCAGCUAGAUUGUAAGCUCCUGGAGACAGGGACCACCUCCACCAAAAAUAAAAAAAUGGACUUCUCCUGUCUUGUAGUGUCCUAGGACCCUGCAGGGCAGUGGGGGUGCACCAAAAA